AUGCGCUCACUGAUCUUGCAGCUGCUGGCGCCUCCGCAGCUGCUAUACGCCUCCGUGUCCAUGUUGAUUCUCGUGGCCGUGGCCGCACAAGCGGCCGGCGACGGGGCCGCACUGCUGGCGUUCAAGGCCGCGGCGAUCGGCGGCGGCCACCACAACCACAACCCGCUGCUUCCUUCGUGGAAGUGGAACAGCACCAGCGCUGGCGGCUUCUGCAGCUGGUAG